CCCUCUCGUAUAAAAAGCUUUCCAUUGUCUGGAGCAGCUGCUGUUUGACUCAACGCGUCGGAAGACAUUCAUUCAAAGGUGUUUCAUUCUGUGAUUACAGGUGAACAGAGGACCUCCAAAGAUACACAGCCAUGAAUCCCAAAGGGGAUAAGCCGAAGUCGAAGAUUUCGGCUUCCCGUAAGCUCUCCCUCAAAAUACUGCUCCUCCAAAAAGCAUGUGAUGAUCUGGAGAAGGAGCGACAAGAGCGGGAGGAGGAGAAGGGGCGCUACCUGAAGGAAAAGUUGCCUCCUCUGCAGCUGUCUGGUUUGUCACUAGAUGAGCUCCAAAAACUCUGCAAACAGCUUCAUGAAAAAAUUGACAUUGUGGAUGAAGAGAGGUAUGACUGUGAACAUAAAGUCAGCAAACACAACAAAGAUAUUCAUGAACUGAAGCUGAAAGUCCAAGAUCUUGGAGGCAAGUUUAAAAAACCUGCCCUCAGGAAGGUGAGGGUCUCUGCAGAUGAGAUGAUGCGAGCUCUACUGGGCUCCAAACACAAGGGCUCAAUGGACCUGAGAGCAAACCUGAAGUCUGUGAAAAAGGAGGAUGUCAAACAGGACAAGGUGCUUACCAGCGAAGUGGGUGACUGGCGUAAAAAUGUGGAAGCCAUGUCAGGCAUGGAGGGCCGUAAGAAGAUGUUCGACACUGGUGGUGGAGCUCAGUGAGAUGCUGCAGCCAGCCAAGACAUGAUUCAGUCCUCUGAGAGCAGAAAAAAAAACAUGCCUUACUUACCUUAAAGCUAGCUGACAUUUACUUAGAGGUUUUCCAUUACAAUCCCUCAAAGCACAUGUAUACUAAGAUAAGUAGAGACCCAGCAUUUCUUUUUUAUUUUUGUUAUGAAACCCAGCAAGCAAAGACAAGUUUAAUAAAAAGAUACAGUUAACAUCUUUCA